AUGACAGAGUGUAUUAAUAGUAUAUGGCCGCUAAUAUCGCGUGCCUGCAGUACCGUCACUUUUCUAACAUCAUUUGUCUCAUUAUUUCCUCAACUAUGGGAAACAUAUAGGGAUAAGUCAGUAGAAGGAUUAUCACCGUAUUUCAUCAUAUGCUGGCUAAUGGCUGAUAUCACCACAUUAUACGGAGCUCAGCUUACAGGCCAAAUGAAAUUUCAAGUAUGGCUAGCUAUCUAUUUCCUAUGCAAUGAUCUUUGUAUGUUAAGCCAAUAUUGGUAUUAUGGAAUUUUGCAUGGUAAUCGUUUAGCUAAAUCAGAAUCAGAGUCAUCAGGGUUAUGCGAGGGCAGCGCAGCAAAUAAUUCAGGGUUGGCAUACGGCUCGUUAGGGUUGCACGAUGAGGAAAAUAUAGGCCACGUGCGCAAUGAAGCAGGAGGAGGUAUAAUUCAACCUAUGCUAGCUGGUGCAUUACUGGCGGCAAAUGCCACUGCUGCUGCCAUACAAUCACAUCCAGAAUUUACAAAUCCAGGUUUGGCUCCACCACCAGGUGAAGGGUUCCCUGGUAGCCCUGGAAUGCCCUCAUCUCGUGCUGGUCGUAUUCUAGCUUGGGCUGGAGCACUAUUAUACGUGGGAGCUCGUGUUCCACAACUAAUUCGUAAUUAUAGACGUCAAUCAACAGACGGUGUAUCACCCGGAUUGUUUGCUGCCACGUUGGCAGGUAACUUUGCAUAUGCUGGUGGUAUUGUAACUGGCUGUCCCUUUCUUACCUCUCCAGAUAGAGGUGAAUAUCUUAAGGAGGCAUUACCAUUUGUUGUCGGAUCUCUGGGUACAGUAUUGUUUGAUGUGAUUUAUUUUUAUCAGCAUUUUGUGUUAUAUGCUCAAGGUAAAGGUGAACGAACCUUGGGGGUUAUUUAG